UUUCUUUGUUUAUUUUAUAAAAAUGGCUCAAGUACCAGUCAGUAAUAAUACUGAUGGUACCCAAACAGAAACUUUGGAGGAAACAGAUAGCGCUACACCACAAGCGGAAGCUGCCCAAAGUGCACCCACAUUGCUGCUGCGUCUUGAACAUCCGAGAGAUGAACGCCGGGUAGUCUUCCACGAUGGAGUCAUCGACAACGAGCAUAUGAAUCGGAUGAAAUCAAAGUGCUGUUGUAUAUAUCGUAAACCCCUGGCCUUUGGCGAAAGCUCGUCGGAUGAAGAUGAUGAAUGCGAACAUUGUUUUGGUCAUCCCGAAAAGCGCAAGAAAAACAGGAAACCACCAACUGAUGAAUCAUGUCCGGUUACUGGACGUCCGGAUCAACCGUCAACAUCUGCUGAGGCGCAAACAGAUCCAAAACCGGAGACAUCAAAGCCAAUCAGUGAAGAAAUUUCCGCAUCAGUUGCAGAUUUUGAGACGACAGUGAAGCCAUCCCUGUAGACCAUAAAACCCAAAACAGCAACAAGAAAUCCACAAAAAUAAUUUGAUUAAGGACACAAUAUUUUAACAAACACGAAACAAUUUGCAUAUGCACUCUCAUUAAAAGCUAACACCAAAAUGAGCAGUUUAUAUAAUA